AUGGAGGUUUGUCAAGACAUGGUGGACGAUGGGAAACCGGGAAAUGGUAGCGGGGUCGAAGUUGUGGGGAAUGGGGGUGGCACAGACUUGGUUGGUGUGUGUGUGGUGUGUGUUGGGGUUGUGUUGUUUGUUUGGUUGUUGGUUGUGUGGUGUGGUGUGGUGGGGGUUGGGUUGGUAGGGUGGUUGUGGGGGGGCUUGGGGGUUUGGUGGUUGUUUAUUUUGGGGGGGGUGGUUUGUGUGUGGGUUGGUUGUGGUGGUAGGUAUUUGGGUUUUGGUUUGGGUUGUGUUGUGUGUUUGUGUGGGUUGGUUGGUGUGGUUGGUUGUGUGGUUGGUUGUAGUUGUUGGUUUUGGUUUGGUGUUUGUGUGGGUGUUGUUGUUGUGGGGUGGGUGUUGUGA